AUCCUUCACUAGCUAUUGACCUAGAUGUAACGGUCGUGCGUUGGUUUGGAAACCGCGUUGAGUGCCCUAGCGCGCGGUUUGGAACGCGCCCGUGUCGUUAAUUUCGGAGCUGUUUUUUUUCUUUUCUCGAGCGAAGCUAAGGUUUAAUGUAUAUAAAGCUGAAGUCAGAUUUAGUUUUAUAUCGAUAAAUAUCUAAUAAUUAAGACGGAGAUGUUAUUUACUCAUUAAUGAAGUAAACAACAAAGAAAAAAAAAACGAAGCAAAAACCUUAAACGGUUAUUAAGAUGCUACACAUCACUAACGAUAAACUGUUUAUUUAUUAUUUAUAAAUACAGACUUAAAAAACUUAAUCUCGGUUUCAUUAGAAAAAAGCACGAAUUAAUAGACAAAACUGUGUAAAAUAGAUUUUAUUCCCGUUUUAAUUUUCUGUCAAGUUUUCCUGUCACUCUGAGGAUUAGCUAAGUGAGUUAGCAACCGCUAAUGCUAUCCUACAUGUGAGGUCACCCUGCUGCCAAGUGACCAUCUGAUUUAGUGAGAGACAAGCAAGAGGAGACAAGACAAACCGAGACAGGACCUUCUCAAAAGAAUGAAUUUUCUGUGAAUCAGAGUCCUUCCAGUUCCACUUCACCAUGAGCUGGAGCUUCUUAACUCGCCUUUUAGAUGAAAUUCAUAACCACUCGACAUUUGUGGGGAAAAUCUGGAUCACGGUCCUUGUGGUGUUUCGGAUUGUUCUCACUGCUGUGGGUGGCGAGUCCAUCUACUACGACGAGCAGAGCAAGUUUGUGUGUAACACAGCUCAACCUGGAUGCGAGAAUGUGUGCUAUGACGCAUUUUCACCGCUCUCGCAUGUCCGCUUCUGGGUAUUCCAGAUUGUUUUGGUGGCCACGCCUUCUGUGAUGUACCUCGGCUAUGCUGUCAACAAGAUUGCCCAGUUGGAAACAGCCAAAGAGAGUGUCGUAAGCACUUCAGUGAAAUAUUCCCUCUGCAGACGUCAGAACCGAGCUCUGGAGGAAGCUGAAGAAGACCAAGUGGAAGAUCCGAUGAUUUACAAUGUGACCGAAAUGGAACGCGGAAAUGACAACAUAACUCCGGGUGCAGCGGGAAGUGGUACAAAAGCACGACAUGACGGCCGACAGCGAAUCCAGCGAGACGGACUUAUGAGAGUUUACAUCCUCCAGCUUGUUGCUCGGUCUUUUUUAGAAAUAGCCUUCCUGAUUGGUCAGUAUAUGCUUUUUGGUUUCGCUGUCCCGGCUCAUUACAUGUGCUCGAGAAAACCGUGUCCUCACGUGGUGGAUUGCUUUGUUUCCCGUCCGACGGAGAAGACGAUCUUUUUGUUCAUCAUGUAUGCCGUCACCCUGCUCUGCAUGCUGAUUAAUAUGUUGGAGAUGUUCCAUCUCGGACUGAGCAAAAUGUUCGAUCUCCUGCUGGCCAGACAGCGGCGUCACAGCCCAGACGAUGACCUGACUGUAAGCGAGAAUGAUGGACAAGGAGGAUACGGAGGGUACACGCAUUCCUGGACCUCUCCUGCAGCACUGCCAGACUACAACAUCGCUGUGAAUCCGGAAACGGUGGUAUUUAUACAAAAGGUAGAGGAGGAGAAAUCACCCAGAGCGCAUCAGCAGCAGUACGGAAGCACAAAAGACAACUUUCUCCAAGUACAGAAAGCAGCAGAAAAGAACCAAAAGGCAAAGCAACAACAUGACAAGAGAAAUCAACGUGAACAUGAAAGAAACAAGCGAGACAGAAGCAGAAGGGAGCGAGGGAGCAGCCGCAGUAGCAGCAAGUCGAAUAAGAAGAAGCCGUGUGUUUGGAUUUGAGACGCAAUCCAGUGAAAUUUGCUUCAGUACCAAAAGUAAACUAGUAUAAGUACUGAGAGCUUUUCUUUUUUCAGAACACAAGUUUUAGAUUUGAGGUUUAGGUAUUCAGCUUAGUAUCGGUAAACAAUGAUGUCUAUUUUUCAACAUGGACGAGACAAUUCUUAGCGCUGAAAAAUCCCACAACGAUCACUGAGACACGUGAAAGAAAUGUAGACUGUAGCCAUCUAAAACCACUUGAUUGCACAAUCAAAAUCUUCCGGAAUCUGAAACAGCUGAAAUUCCCAUAGAGGAUUGUGGGUAGAGGCUAUAAACCUGUAUCUGCAGUCUUUGUAAACACAGCUGGUGUCAGAUUUUUGUCCUUUUCUGAAUUAAAGAAACAUGCACACAGGGGACAUGGUUUUUUAUGGAAGCAAAAGCAUGCUGAAGGAUUCGUAAAUAAGCGUUUCCCUUUUUGACUCCACUCUAUAGUGGAAAUUAAGUAAAGAAAUAACUUCUAUGUUUUAUUCUUUGCUGUCUCCAAAGAAGGGUGACAUGCUCACACACAGAAUCCACAACUGUGAGCAUCAGAACUUUGAGUUAUUGAGUCUUUCCAUUACAAUAUAAAGUAAUGUGUUGAAUGCAGAGUGUUUUUUUUUUGUUUGUUUGUUUGUUUCUGGAUGUCAGACAUGAAAGAGAUUAAAAAUUUCCUUUGAGAGCUAAUCCAGAGGCCAAUAACAGGAAGAUCAGAAACAGAAAUGAACUGAAGCGACGGUUAGCGUCUGUUUCUCAUUGAGGAUAUUUUUGUUUGGUGCUGCUAUUACGUGCCUUUAAUUUCUUUCUUUCUGUCUUUUCUUGUCGUUAUUCUUGUUGGAUUUGUUUGUAGUAGGAACUGGAUCAUAUUAAAUCGCAGAUGAUGACGUUACACCACAUGCAGUCCAUCAAAGGAGACAAGAGCUAUGAUGCUAACAUAGCUAACAAGCUAGUCACCGGUUUAGCAUGUUGCACUGAAUAUGACAUCAGUUGCGUAUCUUCAGUCGGCAUCAAACUCAGUGAGGCUUCUGACUCAAAAACACAACUUUGAAGAUGAAUCUAAAAUCAUUUUUCCUCAGCAAAGUUUGUGUUUCUCUCUUAUAAUGUUAACAAAGUACAGAAAAGCUGUGUGUUGUUCAGUAUCUCUGACGAUUGAGGCUCCUUCCCUAACUAAUAAAUAAAUGAAGGUCUCCUCACAAAAUAUCCAGAGUGAAAACAUUUUUAUUAACACCACUGUGUGGCUGUUAAACUGGUAGCUUUAAGCUUCAUUACUUACAGAAACAAACAUUGAACAUGUGAUGGGCUGCAUUUGGGGUAAAAGUGAAAGAGUAACAUUCCUGAUUUCUCACUCGUUAUUUUUUUUUGUAUGUAAAUGAUAUAAUGUCUGGGUUUUUAUUUUCUCCAUGUUAAGUUUGAAAAAUGGAUUUUCUGUUGGAAAGAAGGUGCACUCGGUUCAGCCCUGUUUAUUUACUUUUUCACAGGUUGAGGGCCAUGUUAAAGAAUGUUCUAUAACUUUAUCACUGGAGAGGAUUGAAUUAUAUCAGCGUUACCCAGAAUGCAUUGUGGCAUCGUUGCCGUUUGCUUUUCACGAUGAACGAUGAAACUGAAAAUUCUACGUGUGAACAGGAACAAUAAAACACUUUAUGUUUUCUUA